UUUGAGGGGCCAUUGGGUUUGGAAGUUUUAGUGGAAGGCAAGGAAGUAGAGUCGGGGGCGUUCCUUUUGUCGCCUUCUGACUUGAUACCGUUUCCCCUCGGCAGACCCUCUUCUGGCUGUGCACAAGUGCUCUCUCACCCUGGGCACACACCUGUCACCAGCUUGGCCUGGGCACCCAGUGGGGGACGACUGCUCUCAGCUUCACCUGUGGAUGCUGCUAUCCUGGUAUGGGAUGUCUCAACGGAGACCUGUGUUCCCCUUCCCUGGUUUCGCGGAGGUGGGGUUACCAAUCUGUUCUGGUCUCCGGAUGGCAGCAAAGUUCUGGCUACCACUCCUUCGGCUGUCUUUCGAGUCUGGGAGGCCCAGAUGUGGACGUGCGAGAGGUGGCCUACUCUGUCAGGGCGGUGUCAGACUGGCUGCUGGAGCCCAGAUGGAAACCGACUGCUGUUCACUGUAUUGGGGGAACCACUCAUUUACUCCUUGUCAUUCCCAGAACGUUGCGGGGAGGGAAAGGGGCGCGUUGGAGGUGCAAAGUCAGCCACCAUUGUGGCGGAUCUGUCUGAGACAACAGUACAGACACCAGAUGGAGAGGAAAGACUUGGGGGAGAGGCUCACUCCAUGGUCUGGGACCCCAGUGGGGAACGUCUGGCUGUGCUCAUGAAAGGUAAGAGUUGGGAGGGCGCCUGG